AUGUUGUGUAGGAAUAAUCCAUGUGUUCGAGUUCUACUGAAGCCGCGGCUCAUUAAAACAAGCUACCAGCAGAGGUUUUACUCAAAAGCGAGCUCGAUACCCAAGAGACGGCUAAUCAACUGGAAAACAGUAACCUUAGGAGUUGCUGGCACGACUUUAGUAUUCUACAAUACUAAUGAUACUUUCUAUAUGUUCUCCAGACAUAUGUACCUGACUAUGGGUCGAGUAAAUGUGGCUGCCCAGGCUCUGGUACGUUGUUUUUAUCAUUACAAAAAGACCCUUGGCGGAAAAUACAAGGACAAGGAAGACUAUCAACGAGCUUUAAAGGAUUGUCACAAGAAGUGUGCUGUUAUUACUCUCAAUGCCCUAGAGCGUAACGGUGGUAUAUUCAUCAAACUUGGCCAACAUAUUGGCGCAAUGACGUACCUAUUACCACCGGAGUGGACUGAAACAAUGGUUCCUUUACAAGACAAAUGUCCAGAGUCAACUGUUGAAGAAAUUGACAGGAUGUUCCAACAAGAUCUUAAUUGCAGUCUUGAUGAUAUGUUCUCUGAAUUUGAUCCGAACCCAAUUGGUGUUGCGUCUCUUGCCCAGGUCCAUAUCGCAACAUUGAGGGAUACUGGAGAAAAAGUGGCAGUGAAAUGCCAACAUCCUAGAUUAAAAGAAUUUGUUCCGCUUGAUGUUAUGCUUACCCAAACCGUUUUCAACCUGGUGGAUAUCGUUUUUCCCGAAUAUCCUUUGACCUGGCUAGGAGAUGAAUUGCAAUCCAGUAUAUAUGUUGAAUUGGAUUUUGUUCGAGAAGCUCAGAAUGCAAAGAAAACUGCAGAGGAUUUCGCCAACAGUCUUGAUAAGACAGCAUUAAGAGUUCCUGAAGUUAUAAAUGCCAACAAAAGAAUCUUAAUAUUAGAGUACGUUUCAGGAGAAAGGCUAGAUAACCUUGAGUACAUGAAAGAUCAUAAGAUAUCGAGGUCCGAAGUAUCUUCGUGUCUUUCCCACAUUUUCAAUGGAAUGAUCUUUACGCCAAAUGUUGGAAUCCAUUGUGAUCCACAUGGAGGAAACUUAGCCAUAAGAGCUGUCGAUAGACCAUAUGGAGGUCACAAUUUUGAAAUUAUCCUUUACGAUCAUGGUUUAUAUCGGAUGCCAUCUACUGAAAUGAGGAGAGAUUAUGCGAAAUUAUGGUUGGCCCUAUUGGACCAGGAUCAAGAGAAGCUACACUACUAUGCCAAAAGGUUUGCUCAUAUUGAUGAUGAACAGGUUCCAUUAUUUGCAGCGGCAAUAACUGGUCGUAGUAUCGACACUGCGUUGAAUUAUGACAUUUCUAAACCAAGAUCACAGGAAGAAAUGACUGUGAUGUCUAAAAAGCUAACCGAGGGAGAUAUGUUAAUAGAUUUAAUGAGCAUCCUAUCCAAGAUACCUAGAAUAGUUCUUUUAAUCUUGAAGACCAACGAUUUGACAAGGCAUUUAGAUGAAUGUUUGAAAAAUCCAUUGGGCCCUGAGAGAACUUUUUUAAUUAUGACUCAGUACUGUUCAAAACUAGUUUACCAAGAGGCACAAGAGCUGAUAAACCGAACAUAUUCUCGUUGGUCCCUAAAAUGGAUAUUAUUUGAACUUAAGGCGUGGUUAGAGUUUGAACGCCGGAAGAACCAAUUGGUUCUUUAUGAUCUUGCAUUGUGGUGGAAGGGAAAAACUACAGGAUUACAUUAA